GGGCAACGAUCAGUCUCCAUCGAGCAGCGAUCGCGGAAGCAUGGCGAGAUCAGAGCUCAGUUCGAGGCUUCUUAUCGGCAUCUCCGCCUGGUCCGUGGGCCUGGGUCUUAUCUGCCUGACAGGCGCAGCACAAGUCCCAGAGCGCAGUCAGAGCACCCUGGCGGAGAACACAAUUCAGGCGGUGGAAAGACUCUUCAACCGGGUUCUCAUCUCCACCACCGAGGAUGCCCGCCAAAGACUUCCCCACCUUCCGGCCAACGAGACCAUCGAUAGGCAGUACUUCGAGGAACUGGACUUGGUUGCCGGAAACGAGGACUACUACAGCACCGCGUACUACAUCUUUGCCUGGAUCAACAGCGAUCUGAUGUACAACAAGUCGCCUGACAAACUGCUGGUCGAAGUUCUGCCGGGCGAGAAGAUCGCCAUUCGCAACUUUUUCGGCAAGGUCAAGCCGUUUCUUGCCAAGUAUCUGCAAGUCAGUCGCCAGGACAGGUCGGAGUUGAUUUCCAAUAUCACCCGGUUGGCCGACGAAACCGAUGACAGUCUGAUCAUGUCCUAUCUGGAAUUUCCCCAAACCCUCAAGGGGCAACUGCCUGAGCUCCACCUCAUGGACUAUACCAAGCUGGCCCAGGCCCUGGUGCAGGGCGUGGCCAGGGGCAUUUGGACGAAUUCGUAGUUCGUUUCUAUAAAUUAUAAUACAUACAAUAUAACACAGACAAGCUAUAAAUAAAAUAAAUUCAAACAAUGGUUUAAAGUGAAA